GAAGUUUCUGUAACUUUAAACAGAAAAAGAAAAAAAAACAAAACAAAAUUUAGUAUCCCCUAAAGCAGUCUUCCUCCCACUUGUUCUGACUUUUGAGUUCUUUUUUCGGAGAAAACAAUGGAACCCCGUCCGGAAAAUGGCAAUCAUGGAUGGCCGAAGGCCGAGCCCUCUUUGUGUGGCGGCGUGGCUGCGUACUGGAGCGGUGCGGCAAAAGGGCUCGAGGGGAGUCAUUUGGAGGAGUUUAAGCGUAUGGUGAUGGAGUUUCGUCGUCCUAUUGUGCGACUUGGAGGCGAGAGUCUCACGAUAGCACAAGUUGCUGCCAUUGCUGCUCGUAGCUCUGACGUCGUGGUGGAGCUUUCCGAGGAGUCUCGUUCUGCCGUGGAAGCAAGUAGUAGGUGGGUUGUUGAAAGUAUGACUAAUGGAACCGAUAGUUACGGAGUUACGACUGGUUUUGGUUCUACAUCUCAUCGCAGGACUGAUCAAGGAGAAGCCCUUCAAAAAGAACUCAUUAGGUUCUUAAAUGCUGGAAUUUUUGGAAAAGGUUCGAAUUCUUGUCAUACGUUGUCUCUGCAAGCCACAAGAGCUGCCAUGGUAGUAAGAAUCAACACACUUUUGCAAGGUUAUUCUGGCAUUAGGUUUGAAAUUUUGGAAGCAAUAGCGAAAUUACUCAAUCACAACAUAACUCCAUGUCUCCCUCUUAGAGGCACCAUCACAGCUUCUGGCGAUUUAGUCCCCCUUUCAUAUAUUGCUGGAGUUUUGACGGGUAGACCUAAUUCUAAGGCCAUUGGACCAAAUGGUGAAUCUCUUAACUCAACCGAGGCAUUUCAUCUUGCUGGGAUUACCGGUGGUUUCUUAAAUUUGCAACCUAAAGAAGGUCUUGCUCUUGUUAAUGGCACUGCGGUUGGGUCAGGCUUGGCUUCCAUGGUUCUAUAUGAAGCUAACUUUCUUGCUAUCCUUUCAGAGAUAUUGUCAGCAAUUUUUGCUGAAGUUAUGCAUGGAAAACCCGAGUUUACAGAUCAUUUGACCCAUAAAUUAAAGCAUCAUCCUGGUCAGAUUGAAGCAGCUGCUAUUAUGGAGCAUAUAUUAUAUGGAAGUUCUUAUAUCAAAACUACUAAAAAGUUGCAUGAAACUGACUCGCUUCAAAAGCCUAAACAAGAUCGAUAUGCUCUUAGAACUUCUCCCCAAUGGCUAGGUCCUCAAAUUGAAGUCAUUAGAUACUCCACCAAAAUGAUUGAACGUGAGAUUAACUCAGUGAAUGAUAACCCGUUGAUUGAUGUAUCAAGAAACAAGGCUUUGCAUGGAGGAAAUUUCCAAGGCACUCCCAUCGGUGUCUCUAUGGAUAAUACUCGUUUAGCGAUUGCUUCUAUUGGCAAACUCAUGUUUGCACAGUUCUCAGAACUUGUCAAUGACUUCUACAAUAAUGGGUUGCCUUCAAACCUUACUGCUAGUAGAAACCCAAGUUUGGAUUAUGGAUUCAAAGGUGCUGAGAUUGCAAUGGCUUCAUAUUGCUCUGAACUUCAAUAUUUGGCAAAUCCGGUAACCAAUCAUGUUCAGAGUGCCGAACAACAUAACCAAGAUGUGAAUUCAUUAGGGUUGAUAUCAUCGAGAAAAACAGCUGAAGCUAUUGAGAUUUUAAAGCUUAUGUCCACAACUUACUUAGUAGCAUUGUGCCAAGCUAUUGAUUUAAGACACAUGGAGGAGAAUUUGAAGAAAACGGUAAAGAACACUGUAUGCCAGGUAGCAAAAAAGAUCCUUGUGUUGCAUUUUAAUGGCAAUCUCCAUCCAAUUAGGUAUAGUGAGAAGGAUUUGCUUCAAGUUGUGGAUAGAGAACACAUUUUUACAUAUAUUGAUGACCCUUGCAGUGCUUCGUAUCCAUUGAUGCAAAGGCUAAGACAAGUAUUGGUAGAUCAUGCUUUAAAAAACUAUGAGAAAGAAAGCAACCAAAGUGCUUCAAUCUUUCAAAAGAUCACAGCUUUUGAAGACGAAUUAAAAGCACUUUUGCCUAAAGAAGUGGAAAAUGCGAGAAAGGAAGUGGAAAAAGGAAGGGCCGCAAUUGAAAACCAAAUUAAAGAAUGCAAAUCUUAUCCAUUGUACAAGUUUGUUAGAGAAACAUCGGGAACUCGAUUGUUGACGGGUGAGAGGGAUGUAUCGCCAGGAGAAGAGUUCGAUAAGGUUUUUUCAGCCAUUUCUGCAGGAAAAUUGAUAGAUCCAAUGCUUGAGUGUUUGAAGGAUUGGAAUGGAACUCCACUUCCUCUCAGUUAAAAUGUUAUUUUACAUUGUGUGAAGGACAUAAAUUAACUUCAUAAACUCGUUAACUUUUCAAUUAUA